AAGAGCUCCUUUUGAGGCUUUUGGGUGUCCCAUUUUAUGAUUUGGGAGGCGUUCGUUGAUGGCGGCCUUGUUCUCUUUGUGGCUCUUGAAAGUCUAAAGUUCGACCACGUCGCCUCCGUUAAGCGCCGGCCGUCACUUUUUCUUCCUUUGUUUCUUUGCUGCCUGUCGGGAUCUUCCCACCCCCUGAGAGCUGAGAGGGUAAGAACACAGCCUUGCUUUUCCUCACUCGUCAUCUGUCAGCAACUCUUGGUCGAUUUUCAAUUUGGACCCUUUUACUCUACUCACUCACUCAAUCACGCAUGCGUACUCAUAUGUACUUACUCAUAAACUGACUCGGCAAACGCCUAAUCUGAGAGAGAACACGCGCUAGGAGGUGAGAGAGGAAAACGAGGCGAGAGGGCUAAGGGAGGGAUCGGUGAAGGUUGAAGACAGAAUGGGCGCCGGCGAUGGUCCCCGCGUCGUGGACCGCCCGUUCAAGGACAUGGACGACGACUAUGACGCGUCGUCGCGCCGGAGCGCCGACGAGGAGGCCCAGUUCCUAGCCGAAGGAGAAGAAGGCUACGAGCUCGAGGAGAGCACAUCCAGCACGCCCUCGCUGCUCUCGCAGCAAAAGUUCGGCCCUCACGUCCCCCACAAGCGGCACUGCAUCGCCGGGCCCCAGCCGCCGCGCGUACACACCAUCCGGCCUGUCCUGCCUGCCGUCCAGGAAGCGCCGCCGCGUCUGCUGGACCUCGUGGCGCCGACGCCGCGCCGGAAGGCCGUCGUCGUUGCCUUGUUCCUGGCGCUGUGGGCCGUCGCCUUCUCCAUUCCACUCGCGUCGUCCCGAGCGAUCAGGGAUGAGCUCGGUAGGGACGCCAUCAACCUGGACUGCGGCGAUACCCUCUGGCGCUUCAAGAAUGGGUGCGGGCUUGACGGCGCUGACUGCCGGCCCUUCACAAACUCUUCCUUUUCUUUCAGGUGCCCGGCAAACUGCAUGGCUCACAAGUUGUUGAAUCCCCACGCGGUCGGUGACCGGGAGAUCGUCUACCAGCCGCUGGUCGUAGGCGACGAGAUCUACCGCGGCGACUCCAUGAUCUGCGCCUCGGCGAUCCACGCAGGCAUCGUGACGGACCUGAGCGGAGGUUGUGGUCGUCUUCAUCGUGUUGGUCAGCACGAAGGGUUCAACAGCACGAUCAAGCACGGCGUCGAGACUGUUCCGUUUGACUCGUACUUCCCGCUGUCGUACAACCUUACUUCGGACCCGUCCCUUCAGUGCGGCAAGCGUGACCCCCGCCAGGCUCUCCUACCGACAUCCAUGUUCUUCACCUCCAUCUUCUCCCUCUUCACGACGAGCCCGGCGUGGCAGUUCUUCGUCUCGUUUGUCGGUAUCUUCGCCCACGUCAGCUUCGGCUCCGAUCCGCCCACAGCAUCGCGGCAUGCUGCCUCCGUCCUACCGGAUCGGAUCUCUAAGUUCACGGGUCGCUUGCUUCCUGCACUCUUCUGCGCCGCCGUGCUCUACCGGCUCUGUGUCAGACGAACCCUCACGGAUCUGAGGGCGCAGUUCGAGAAGACGGCGCUCUGGUUGGGAGGGUUCUGGUUCGGCGCGCUGUCGAACUAUACCUUUGGAUGGAUGCCGAUCCAGCGCCUCACGGCACACGACAUUGAGCAUCAGCCUGGCGCCAAGCCCGCGCUGGCUCUUAUCUUGAUCAUCCUGACCUUUGUGAUGGCCAAGCAGGUCUACUUCUUCUGGCUUGAGGGGAGACUACCACGGUUUCUUGUGCUCUAUGCGCUUUUCCUAGCUGCCGUCAUCGUCGGCGUCUCAAUUCCGGGUGUAGACCUCCGCGUGCACCACUACAUCAUGGCAUUCUGUCUGCUCCCUGGUACCAGCAUGCAGACGCGGACGUCUCUGUUCUACCAGGGGAUGCUGCUGGGCCUCUUCGUCAACGGCAUCGCGCGAUGGGGUUUCGACUCGGUACUCCAGACACCCGAUGAGCUGCGCGAGGACGGCCCCUUCAACUCGCUACUCCCGCAAAUUGCGAAACCAAUCUUCUCCACGGGCUCCUUUGAGCCCAGUGUGACCUUCAGCUGGCUCGUACCGCCAAAUAUCGCCAACGAGUUUGACGGUAUCAGCGCUCUAGUCAACGACGUCGAGCGGUUCCGGUAUUAUUUUGCCGAUGGCCCCGUCGACAACGAGUUUGUGUGGUUGAGGAAGGCCAAGAUGGUGCUUCCCGAGUAUUUUAGAUUUGCGUACAUGAAGGACGGUGUGACGCUAGACUAUACACAGGCCGGGACGUGGUUCUCGAACGGAUCGUGGGUGAUGCCUUCAUAGUAGACUUUAGCAUAACAUUUGCAUGACCGGAUAGAAUGGAAGGGGGCGUUUAAUCGUGGCUACUUUGUUUAUUGGGGAACGACAUGGAUCCUACAAGAUAAUCAAUCACAUCUUAACAAGCGUCU